AUGACACAAUCUCAAUCCACUGCCGACCUUAUUUCCAAGCUCACCGUCGAGGAGAAGGUCUCUCUACUUGCAGCUGUUGACUGGUGGCGUACACCCACUAUCAAAAGAGACGACGUCUUUAUACCUCACAUCAAAACGAGCGAUGGACCCAAUGGUGCACGAGGUGAGAGCUACGUAAGUGGUAUUACCGCUGCAUGCUUCCCUUGCUCAACAGCCCUGGGAGCUUCAUUCGACCAAGAUCAAGCGUACCGCAUGGGCGAAGAGAUCGCAAAAGAGACAAUCACAAAGUCUGCCAAUGUCUUACUAGCACCAACUAUGAACAUAAUCCGAUCUCCCCUCGGUGGACGCAACUAUGAAACUUACUCAGAGGACCCCUACCUAAUUGGUACUCUGGCCUCGGCCUUUGUUCGUGGUUGUCAAAGUCAAGGGAUCGCAGCUACGCCAAAGCACUUUGUUGCCAAUGACUCAGAAAAGUCCAGAACCAAGAUGACAUCAAACAUCGAUAUGCAGACGUUGCGUGAAAUUUACUUGCUGCCGUUCCAGCUUGUGCUUCGCGAUUCGGACCCUUGGUGCUUCAUGACUUCAUAUAACCGCCUCAACGAGGAGUAUUGUGCAGACAGCCAUUGGCUCUUGGAGGAGGUCCUGCGCAAGGAAUGGGGCUUCCUCGGCCUGGUCAUAUCCGACUGGAUGGGAACCUACUCAACCGCCAAAUCGCUCAAUGCAGGCAUGGAUCUUGAGAUGCCUGGUCCAACAAGAUGGCGGGGGACGAAGCUUCUCGCCGAGAUAGAAGCAGGGAACGUAUCUACUGAAGUGCUCGAUAAGAGUGUUGGCAGAGUUAUAGACUUGGCAAAGAAAACGGGCCGUUUCGAUAAUCCUGUCGAGGAACCUGAGCGUUCUGUUGAGGAUCCAGCUCGAAUUGAGUACAUCAAAGCUGUUGCAGCCGAUGGCAUGGUCCUGCUCAAAAACGACAACAACGUUCUUCCAUUAUCGGAACAAGAUUCUGUUGCUGUUAUCGGCCACUUCGCCACGAAUCCAAGCAUUGGCGGUGGUGGCAGCGCAAAGGUUCUAGCACAGCAUAUCAUCUCACCGCUCCAAGGUCUCGAAUCGCGAGGGGUCACUUGUCGAUUUGCCCCAGGUGUUCCUGUCUUUGGAGCCUUGCCUCAUGCUGUGCCGGGCUCAAUUUCAGAAGUCCGACUAAGAUGGUUUAACGGUUCGGUGGUCGGAGAUAAUCUUGCCCAUGAACAGACCGUCGCGCUUCCUGAGUACAUGAUUAAGGAGGCUUGGCCUGACUAUCUCAGCAAGGAUUACUGUAGCAGCAUGUCCUUCGCUCUAACCCCAACGACAAGUGGCGAUCAUACCUUCUCUGUCAUUACUACCGGUAAGGCUGAUGUCCUCGUUAAUGGCGAAAAGGUGUUCCAUCGUCCGCAGGAACCAGUUCUGUUGCCAGAGUCCUUUUAUUUCUACAAGGCCAAGAUUGAACGUCGUUUCACGUUCAAUAUGACUGCAGGCCGGGAAUACAAAGUUGAGUUACAUUCUUGGGCUACAGAUGAGAAUGUUCUCUCCAAGAUUGGUGGAACAAUGUUUCAAGGAGCCUCACUUCGCUUCAUGGAAUAUGUGGACAUUCCCAGAGCCAUUAAUGAUGCGGCUGAUGCGGCAGGCUCCUCCGAUGUUGCAGUCGUCUUUGUUGGUACAACCAACGAGAUAGAAUCGGAAGGUUACGAUCGCGAUACGAUGGACCUGGCCUCUAACCAGUAUGAUCUGAUUGCCGCUGUUGUGGCUCGCAACCCAAAGACUGUGGUUGUCAACCUUUCUGGGUCUCCUGUUACAGUAUCUCCAUUCAUCGACCGAGUUCCCACCUUCCUUCAAGCAUGGUUCGCUGGCCAAGAAUGUGGUCAUGCCAUAGCUCGUAUUCUUCUUGGAGAUGUCAACCCAUCAGGACGACUACCCAUGUCUUGGCCACGAAAGAACGAAGAUAACCCAGCCUAUCCCAACUUCCCCUGCAACGACGAUCUUGUUUUGAACUAUGAAGAGCGUCUCAAGGUCGGCUAUCGCUUUUACGAUGACAAGUCAGCACCCAGGCCGCAGUUCCAUUUCGGGGAAGGUCUCUCUUACACAACCUUCGCGCUGAAGGGGCAGCCUAGCUUCACCUCAUGCUUUAGUAGCGCAGAGGAGAUAGCAGUGUCAGUAUCAACUCAAGUUGAUAACACAGGUAAUAGGGACGGCAAACAAGUGAUCCAGUUAUAUGUCACUAUGCCUCCUUGCGACGGAAAUCAUCGCCCAGUCAAGGAGCUCAAAGCAUACCAUAAGGUGCUUGUGUCCGCUGGUCAGACCAAGAACGUCAUGUUCAAGCUUGAUAAGUACGCCUUUAGUUACUUCGACAUGACGGAAGGCAAAUGGAAAAUUCCAGGAGGGGAGUUCUUGAUACAUCUGGCCUUCAGCUCUGUUGAGGUUCUCGAGACCUUGUCUGUUACGAAUGCAACAUCACAUUUUUGGACAGGGCUGUAA